CCCCUCCCCGCUCCCGGCGCGGCCAGGCGGGGCUCGGCCAUGUCGGGCCCGCGGGCCGGCUUCUACCGGCAAGAGCUGAACAAGACGGUGUGGGAGGUGCCGCAGCGGCUGCAGGGCCUGCGCCCCGUGGGCUCGGGCGCCUACGGCUCGGUCUGUUCGGCCUACGACGCGCGGCUGCGGCAGAAGGUGGCGGUGAAGAAGCUGUCUCGCCCCUUCCAGUCGCUGAUCCACGCACGGAGGACGUACCGCGAGCUGAGGCUGCUCAAGCACCUGAAGCACGAGAAUGUUAUUGGGCUCCUGGAUGUCUUCACACCGGCCACGUGCAUCGAGGACUUCAGCGAAGUGUACUUAGUGACCACCCUGAUGGGCGCCGACUUGAACAAUAUCGUGAAGUGCCAGACUCUGAGCGACGAGCACGUCCAGUUCCUCGUGUACCAGCUGCUUCGUGGGCUGAAGUACAUCCACUCUGCCGGGAUCAUCCACCGGGACCUGAAGCCCAGCAACGUGGCGGUGAAUGAGGACUGCGAGCUCAGGAUCCUGGACUUUGGGCUGGCACGCCAGGCAGACGAGGAGAUGACCGGAUAUGUGGCCACACGCUGGUACCGGGCACCUGAGAUCAUGCUGAACUGGAUGCAUUACAACCAGACAGUGGACAUCUGGUCUGUGGGCUGCAUCAUGGCUGAACUGCUGCAGGGAAAGGCUCUCUUCCCCGGAACUGACUCUCACCUACCAGGAAGUCCUCAGCUUCAAGACCCCAGAGCCUCCGCAGCUGCCCGGCAGCCUGGAGAUCGAGCAAUGAGACACUACACAGGGCCACACUCCAGCCUGGGGGACCUGAGCUGCCCCUUCCUCCUAGCCUGGGAGCUCUUUCUGAGGGGACUCUACCUACGUGUGUGCACAAGCGUGUGCCUACCGUGUGUAACAGUCUGAGCAGAAGAUUCCCUGGGCCUCCUUGGUCCUCCCACCCAGCAACGAGGCUCUCUCCAUGAGACCUCACAGUGGGGGAACCUGGAUGCCCAAGAAAGAGGCCUCCCUGGGCCCGUGUCUUGUCCAUAUCUCUGCCUCAGAGGUUACCUGGGGUGGAGGGAGUCCAAAUGGACCAGAACGCUCAAGUGUCAAAGGGAAGGUAGUGGUUAGAGCUGCUCAGGUUGGAAAUGGGGGAGGGGAGGGGUUACCCUAGAAAGUACCAAGACCUGCCACAGGUCAGCCCACACAGGGCCUGUGCCCCACCAGGCUGGGCAAGAACCCUCUGACGGUGGCAGGGCAGGAACCACCACCAGAUGUCCAAUCAGAACAGCUGCCUAUAGCCUUGUGUUUGCCUGUGGUGCGCACGGGCACGUGUGCACUUCUGGCGUUCAUGUGCUGGGGCAUACACAGGCUUGUGUGAAUCUGUGGGAGUCCAGGGGCCAGUCUGGCAGGAGGCUUGAGCUGGCGUGGUUUCACUUUUGCCUCCACUACCCCCAGCUCCUGUUGCCCAAGGGAUGCUGAGUCUAGCUCUGCUGUACACCAAUCUAGAGCUCAGGGCUCCUGGGGCAUCUGCAUGAGAAGCGCCCAGGCUUCCUCCUUGGCCACAGGAGCUAUGGCAGCUUCUGAAGCCUGAGGACACAAUGCCGGCUGGGGGCUGGAGGAGCAGGGGGCCCAACCUCGAGGAUGCUAAGGCAGGCAGAGCAUGUGGAUGUGGACCUGGACACUCCUCCGGGACCUUGGCCAAGACCGGACAAACCCCUGACUGCUUGCUACCUCUGAUUACUGUUGUGGCCCUACAGCCAGAGAUCUGGGGUGCUCUGGUAUGUGGGCCAGCCCUUGUCUUCCCUUCUCCCAGAAAGAUGCUGACCAAGUGAUCUCGGGGACAGGACCCUGCUUGGAGACAUGUUGGGGGAGUGGCUCCUCUCUGGAGAGGGGGUGACCUCUUGCCUCCAGGGACCCGGGGAGGGCCAGAUGUCAAGUGCCUGCACCAGGGGUGCACAAUAAAGGGGGUUCCCUCUUGCUCA